UCUUUUUGCAUUUUGGUAAACAAUGUUAACGUUUGUUUGUCAAUGUUAUAUCUGAUCUAUAGUCUUCGUUCUUCUAUCUACUCUCUCUAUAGCUAACGGAUUAAUCGUUCAUGUUCGCUACUACUACUCUCUCACCCAAUAUCAAUGACUUGCGGAGAUAUAUCUUUUUAAACCCAUUCAGAAAAAAGUGGAUCUUAAUACAUUCUUUCUUUUACUCUUCAAAUUUUUUAUUCACAUUUCUCUGCAAAACCAAAAAAUGAUUUUGCAGUGAAAAGAUAAGAAAUUUUACAGAGGAAGAUAAAAUGGUUAUUGAUUAAGGGAGGAAGAAGAGUGAAGAAAGAGUCAACACCAAAAACAGAGUAAAAAAAAGAAAUGGAGGAACAAAGGAGGAGAGAAGAAAGCUUUAGUAUUCAACAACAACAACCUCCAUGGAUGAUUCCUCAGACACCCACGGUGGAUCCGAUCUAUCCAUACACGGUGGUGGAAGAGGAACAUUCUCAUCGGAAUCAAGUGGAGGAAAGGGGAUUCGACAUGAGUGGUCUUGAUCACUUGUCUUUUGGUGAUUUGUUAGCUCUAUCAAACACUAGACCAGUCUAUUUCUCUGGUCAGACUUCUUGGCCUUGUAAUGCCUUAGAAACCACAAGGGCUUAUGAUUCCGGUCUGAUGAUCAGAGAUAAUAUUUCUCCGAUUUGCCCCAACACGGUUGAGGAACAAGCUCAUUGGAAUCAGUUGGAGGAAAGGAGACUGGACAUGAGUGGUCUUGAUCAGUUGUCUUUUGGCGAUUUUCUGGCUCUAUCCAACAAUGCACCAGUCUAUUGCUCCGAUCAGACCACCCCUUGGGCUAGUAAUCCCUUAGAAAGAAACUCAGAGAUAAUGCAACAAGGUAAUGAAGCUGUGGAUUGUCUCAGCACAAUGAGUAACGAUGUUGCAUCAGUCUAUUUCUCCGGCCAGACACCACCUUGGGUCUCAGAACCUACAAGAAACACAGAAAUUAUGCAAAAAGGUAACGAAGCAGUGGAGAUUCUAAGCUCUGUGAGUAACAAUGUUGCUGAACAGUUCAUCAAGACUCCUGACAAACCAAAGAAGAAGAAGCAUAGGCCAAAGGUUGUUAGAGAAGCUAAACCCAAGAAGGCACCUAAACCGCCAGCUCCAAGGAAAUCUGUUGUUGUCGAUGGACAAGAAAGCAAAACACCGAGGAGGAAAUAUGUGCGGAAGAAGGUGGAAGUCAAUAAGGAUCAAGAAUCUACUCCGGUUGAACCAUCAGCACCUGUAAAAACUCCAACUCGUGCUAAGAAGCUCUGUAGACGAGUCUUGGAUUUUGAGCCUGAAAACGGAGAUGAGACGGAAUCAGCUCCUAGAGAAAAGAUGUUAGGUUCCACUAAUCAAGAGUCAAAAGAUUGCCUUCUUUCUUCGCCUAGCACGACCAAGAGAAAACGCAGCCAAGGUAAAAGAAAGGAUUCAGAACCAAAGAAGAAUGUUGGUAAUCAAGAAGGAGUUGAUCUUUCUAUCGCACAAGCUGCAAAGAGAAGACAAGCAAAAGAACCAACUUGUGGUGACUUAAAUUUAUCAGGGAUUCAGUAUGAUGAGGUAUGUGACUAUCAGAAAAUGAAUUGGCUGCAUUUCCCAAACUUGCAACAAGAAGGGAUCAGAUCUGAACCCAUUUGCAGCACACCAUUGGCUGGGCAACAACGUAAGGAUGUUUCUGCCUUUGAUUAUAACUGCUACGGUUUCACCUCUCAGCUCAGUGCUGAUACAGUUCUAACCACUCAAGAAAAACGGGAAGGUAUCUGCCAAGGAAGGAAACAGUUUGAGUUUAAUGUUCUUCCGGAUAAGAUAGAUACACCGAUAAAGACGACCAGGAGCAAAAAGAAGCGAGUCACCAAGUCUAAGAAAUCACAAACCAAGCAGAAGACUCUUCUUCCAAAUCACUGCCAGUUUCCAGCUUCAUUUUCUGGUCUUUCCCAAGAUGAACUUUGGAAACAACCUAAACUGGUCGAAGCAAUCAGUGAACAAUUGCGUAUAUUAGAUAUCAACAUGGAGAGCUGUGAAACUGCUAUCGUUCCUUACUCAGUGAAACCCCAAGAAAACCAGCUUGUACUCUACGGCGGUGGCGCUGGAGCAAUUGUGCCUAUAACUCCUGUUAAGAAACGGCGCCCAAGACCAAAGGUUGACCUAGAUGAUGAGACAGAAAAAGUCUGGAGACUGCUAUUGGAAAAUAUUAAUAGCGAGGGUAUUGACGGAUCAGAUGAGAAGAAGGCGAAAUGGUGGGAGGAAGAACGUAAUGUGUUUCGAGGACGAGCUGACUCAUUUAUAGCACGGAUGCAUCUUGUACAAGGGGAUCGCCGUUUUACACCUUGGAAGGGAUCCGUUGUUGAUUCUGUUGUUGGAGUGUUUCUCACGCAAAACGUUUCAGACCAUCUCUCAAGCUCUGCUUUCAUGUCACUUGCUUCAGAGUUUCCCGUGACUUCAGUACCCGGCAGUAACUUUGACGUUGGAACAAGCUCGACACCUUCUAUUCAAAUAACUUACUUGGACUCAGAGGAGUCGAUGUCAAGCCCACCCGGUCACAGUCAGUGUUCUGUUAUUUUAAAAAACACAGAGCCCGAUGAGGAGAAGGACUAUGAACAUAGCAAUGAAACCUCCAGAAGCAGUAGUGAGAUUGCCAGCUCAGCCCAUGAAUCAGUUUGCAAAACCACGGAUUCAAAGAUGUAUGUGGAAUCAGAUCGAAAAGGCUCAAGUGUAGAGGUUGGUAAUACAGAUCAGGAGUGCCUUAUUUUAAACCUGUUUCCGUCUGAAGAUUCUGCACUUACAUUCCAACGGUCAACGGUUUCUGAUGCUCCUCAAAAUACAGAGAGACCAGGAUCAAGCUCCGAGAUCAGCUUAGAAGGAGAGUAUCGCACUUCCUAUCUGAAGCUCCUAUUGGGCGUACAAGGCUCACAAGAAGAGCCCAAUCAAAAGAGUCAAUGUGACAAUUCAAGCCAAGAAAUUGGGGUCUCAAGCAAUCAUGGAAGCUUCCAAGUAUCACCAAAUAUGUCUCCCGGUGAUUGUAGCUCAGAAGUUAAGAAUUUACAAUCACUGAAAGGGACCACAAAAUCUUCUGAUGAUAGUUAUGAACCACAUUGUAGCUAUCAACAGGAUGGGGGUGUUUUGAGUUGUCAGAAACAUGAGAUGCCUGAACGCUGUUCGAAAAAACACAAAGGCAGCUUCCAGAUUCCAGAUCUUAAUGAAAGCACUAGUUGUAUUGAUGUCAUAGAAGACACGGAAACGCCACCAGGUCCUGACUCUAGACCGCUUGAAGACUCAUCGUGCAAAGAGCUCAAUCCUAUAGAUGAUACUACCUUAAAUGCAAAAGGUAAAAAGGUUUUAAAGCAGAAAAAGGAGGCGUUUGAUUGGGAUAGUUCAAGAAGAGAAGCACAAAUUAGAGAAGGAAAAAGAGAAAAAUCAACAAGGACAAUGGACUCAGUGGACUGGGAGGCGAUAAGAACGGUGGAUGUUAGUGUAGUUGCCGAAACAAUCAAGAAACGUGGGAUGAACCAUAUGCUUGCGGAACGUAUACAAGGCUUCCUUAAUCGACUGGUUAUUGAACACGGUAGUAUUGAUCUGGAAUGGUUGAGAGACAUUCCACCUGAUAAAGCAAAAGAAUAUCUUUUGAGUUUUAGAGGAUUGGGCCUAAAAAGUGUGGAGUGUGUGCGGCUUCUAACACUGCAUCAUCUUGCGUUUCCAGUUGAUACAAACGUUGCUCGCAUAGCAGUUAGACUAGGAUGGGUACCCCUUCAGCCACUCCCUGAGUCACUUCAGUUGCAUCUUCUAGAAAUGUAUCCUAUUCUUGAAUCUAUUCAAAAGUAUCUUUGGCCACGUCUUUGCAAACUCGACCAGAAAACAUUGUAUGAGUUGCACUACCAAAUGAUUACCUUCGGAAAGGUGUUUUGCACAAAGAGCAAACCUAAUUGCAAUGCAUGUCCGAUGAGAGGAGAAUGCAGACAUUUUGCUAGUGCUUUUGCAAGCGCAAGGCUUGCUUUACCUGGCACAGAGAAAUAUAUGGGGACACCUGAUAAAAACCCUUCGCCUCUCUACCUGCCAGAACCAUUGCAUAGAGAGCAAGGUUCAGAAGUAGUAAAGCACUCAGAACCUGCAAACAAGGUCAAGUUUUGUGAACCAAUAAUCGAAGAGCCAGCAUCACCAGAGCCAGAAAGCGCACAAGUAUCAAUAGCUGAUAUAGAAGAUGCAUUUUUUGAGGAUCCGGAAGAAAUUCCUACAAUCAGGCUAAACACGGAUGCAUUUACCAGUAACUUGAAGAAAAUAAUGGAACACAAUAAGGAACUACAAGUCCGAAACAUGUCCACCGCUUUAGUUGCACUUACUGCUGAAGCUGCUUCUCUUCCAAUGCCAAAGCUCAAGAAUAUCAGCCAGUUAAGAACGGAACAUCAAGUUUAUGAACUUCCAGACUCACAUCCUCUUCUAGUGGAGUUGGAGAAGAGAGAACCUGAUGACCCUUGUUCGUACUUGCUUGCUAUUUGGACGCCAGGUGAGACGGCUGAUUCCAUUCAACCAUCUGUAAGUAAGUGUAUAUCCCAAGCAAAUGGUAAGCUUUGUGAUGAGGAGACUUGUUUCUCAUGCAACAACAUCAAGGAGGCAAGAUCUCAGACUGUAAGAGGGACAAUCUUGAUUCCAUGUAGAACCGCAAUGAGAGGUAGUUUCCCUCUGAAUGGGACUUAUUUUCAAGUUAAUGAGGUGUUUGCGGAUCAUGCAUCCAGCCUAGACCCAAUCGAUGUUCCAAGGGAGUGGUUAUGGGAUUUGCACCGAAGAACUGUCUAUUUUGGAACCUCUAUACCUACGAUAUUCAAAGGUUUACCUACAGAGACGAUACAACAAUGCUUCUGGAGAGGUUAUGUAUGUGUACGUGGAUUUGACCGUAAAACAAGAGGACCAAAACCUUUGAUUGCGAGAUUGCAUUUCCCUGUAAGAAAAAUGAAGUCACGGGCUACCGAGAGUGCUAAGUAGGCAAGCAAAUAAAUAUGACUUAUAUGGUUAGAGAGCAAGCAAACUGUACAAAACUAGCUGAUUCAACGGAAUCGUCAACAUCACCUCAAGGCCUUCUUAGUUAUUUUGGAUUUUUGUUUUAUUUAAUGUAUCCUACUCAUAGUGACUAGAAUAGAUUGGUGUUAAUCAUUGUUUGCAAUAUUCAUUGACUAUUAGUUGAAUUAAUAAAAGAAGAGAUAGUUUUCUUUGUUC